CAUCCCUCGCCGGCUCUCCGUGCGCACCUCGCGUUACGAGCGCUUCGUCCUCAUCCAGCAGGAGCCUGCCCACUUCCCUGCCAGAUAUUUGGGUGGGGAAAGGCACGGCGGGGGCAGACGAGCCGCCGACAGGAGCCCCACGUGCCGGGCAGGGAGCAGCACCACACUCCUCAAGCAGGACACACCACCAGCCCUGCGGCGACAACUGGGGACCCGUGAGCGCGGAGAUCUGCGGAGAGGCAGCCCCCAGUAAACCAGCAAGCUUUUGGGGUCUCGUUUAGCCCUGCUGGGGAAAAUCAAUGACAUCUGACAGUGGGGAUACAGCAGGGAGAGGAGAGAGAAGGUGACUCCCGUCGUGCUGGCAGCACGGCUGAAGGAUGCCCUGGUCUCCUGGGCGCUGACGGGAGGGCUCUGCGAGGAUGAUGGAUGGACGGCAGGACGGUGGGGCUCGGUCCGUGGAGGGCUGCUGCCAGCAUGCCUUUCACGGCAGAGCUGAGCCGACUGCUAAACGCCGAGCAGGGAUCGUCGCUGGCUCUCCGCUGGGCUUUCAGGCUCCCCCAGUUCCCGCUGUCCCAGCUGCAGUGAUGGAGAACUCGUCGGUGGCGUCGGCCUCCUCGGAGGCAGGGAGCAGCCGCUCGCAGGAGAUCGAGGAGCUGGAGCGCUUCAUCGACAGCUACGUGCUGGAGUACCAGGUGCAGGGGCUGCUCACCGACAAGACAGAAGGGGACGGCGAGAGCGAGAAGACCCAGUCCAACAUCUCGCAGUGGACGGCGGAUUGUAGUGAGCAGCUUGAUGGCAGCUGUUCCCCAUCCAGAGGGAAGGGCUCGUCGUCUCACGAACACAAUCAGGAAGAGUGGGAUCACAGCAGCGGUGGGAGCGCAGGAUCCCGGCCGGGGUCGGGCUCCAGACGUGGGUCUGGAUCCAGGUCCGGCAGCCGCGGCAGAAGCAGCCAGUGCAGGCAACCGACCAAGAAUGGCAACAAGGAGGGCUCCCUCGACAUGCUGGGCACUGACAUCUGGGCUGCCAACACCUUCGACUCCUUCAGCGGUGCAACGUGGGACUUGCAGCCUGAAAAACUAGAUUUCACGCAGUUUCACAGGAAGCUCCGGAACACCUCCAAACACCCACUGCCUCACAUAGAUAGAGAAGGGCUCGGGAAAGGGAAGUACGAGGACGGUGACAGCAUCAACCUGAACGACAUAGAGAAGGUCCUCCCGGUGUGGCAGGGUUACCAUCCAUUGCCUCAUGAAGCUGAAAUCGCACACACCAAAAAGCUCUUCAGAAGGAGGAGAAACGACCGGAGGCGACAGCAGAGGCUCCCCGGAGGGAACAAGUCUCAGCAGCACGCAGAUCAUCAGCAAGGCGGCACCAAACACAACAGGGACCACCAGAAGCUCUACCAAGGAGGCCAGGCCCCGCACUCCUCGGGCAGGACGGGCCACCACGGCUACAGCCAGAACCGGAGAUGGCACCACAACCAGAAGCACUCGCCCAACGACAAAGAAACGCACAGAAACGCCAAAGAGACUGAGAACCUGAAAAUCGAGGACAGCUCCGUCGGCACGGCCGAGACGCAGCGGGGCCCCGAGGCGGGGGAGAAGCAGUCCCAGCAGUACAUCCAGGAGCCCGAGACCAAGAGGAAAGACAGUAUUCACGAGCGCAUCGCGGAGAGACCCAAGAUCAAUCUGCUCCAGUCUUCCAAAGACAGGCUGCGGAGGAGGCUAAAAGAAAAGACGCCUUGUCUUUCCCUUUUCACGGACCAGGACGAAGUCACGGUUGAAACCACCAAUCCUGAAAAGAACAAAAUGGACAAAUUAAUUGAAAUCCUUAACAGCAUGAGGAACAACAGCAGUGAUGUUGACUCCAAGCUCACUACCUUCAUGGAGGAGGCCCAGAACUCCACCAACUCUGAGGAGAUGCUGGGGGAGAUAGUUAAGACCAUCUACCAGAAAGCGGUGACAGACCGCAGCUUUGCUUCCACAGCAGCCAAGCUCUGUGACAAAAUGGCCCUCUUUAUGGUGGAAGGAACCAAAUUCCGGAGUCUGCUCCUCAACAUGUUGCAGAAGGAUUUCACCAUGCGGGAGGAGCUGCAGCAGCGGGACGUGGAGCGCUGGCUGGGGUUCAUCACCUUCCUCUGCGAGGUCUUCGGCACCAUGAGGAGCAGCACCGGAGAGCCCUUCCGAGUCCUCGUCUGCCCCAUUUAUACCUGCCUCAGGGAGUUGUUGCAAUCUCAGGACGUGAAGGAGGACGCCGUGCUCUGCUGCUCCAUGGAGCUGCAGAGCACCGGCCGGCUGCUGGAGGAGCAGCUGCCCGAGAUGAUGACGGAGCUGCUGGCCAUCGCCCGCGACAAGAUGCUGUGCCCCUCCGAGUCCAUGCUGACGCGGUCCCUCCUGCUGGAGGUCAUCGAGCUGCACGCCAACAACUGGAACCCGCUGACGCCCACCAUCACGCAGUACUACAACAAGACAAUCCAAAAACUGACGGCCUGAGGGGCAGGGCAGGGAGGGGUGGGAAGGGGCGAGAAGGAGACAUGCACCUUAGCGGGAUCCGGCUCUCGCGGCCCGGCGAGCGCCUUUCUGAUUUAAAUACCCAAGCAGACAAACCCCAGCAUGCUCGAGAAUACGUUCGUGGGGUGGGGAGGGAGAAGCAUGUUUCUUUUCAGCUGUGUCGCCAAGUGCCACCCCUCUUCCCUGCCGUGUUUUUGUUUUAGGGUUUCUUUUAUGAAAUCAUUGCUCCAGCAGCAGCGCGUCCCGCCGGGUUAUUGUUUGGCUUUAGAAAGAGGACGGCGAGUUGGAGGAGCGAGCCCGAGCGGGGGCUAGUAUUGUUUUCACACCGUCCUCCCGGCUUGCCCUGGCCAACUGGCAGGAGACAGCACGCAGCAGAUGUCCCGGGAGGACAAAGCGCGACACACACUACACCAGACGCUCAUAAUUGACGGCUUUUGUCAAGCGGAGCUUUCGUUAUUUUUCCCCCCCCCUCCUCUUGUCUUCGACUUUCUGCUCCCCCACCUCCCCUCCGUCUACUCGCCGCCCCUUCGGACGCCGGCCGGCGAGCAGGAUGGCUUUCUUAUUUGCACUGGGUUUUAUUUUAUUUUUUUUUCUUGGUCAUUUGUAUUUUAUUCUAUUCUAUUUUAUUUUAUUUUAUUGUGAACGGACAAUUGCGAUCAGCGUGGAGGCGCGGGGGCGACGCCUUCCUGCGAGCUCACAAAUGGUUUACGUGAAGAUGCUGAAGUAGGAGGGGGAUUUUUAAGGAGCCCAAAAGCCACCGUAGAAGUAACAUAGCCACAGUCGUCUUGCCAGUAACCUCGCAGAUUAACUGAAAAAUGUGUGCCCUGAGCUGGGAGCUCCGAGAGACGCGGGGUGCUGCGGCUGCUUGCUCCGGCUGGUCAAGCCGCCGCAUCCCCCAUCCACUAAACUAUAACCCAUUUAUUUUUUUGUAAUUUUUUUUUUGUUUCCGUUGAAAGAGUGCUUUAUUGUAAUUACUGUCACAGUUGUAAUACAUUUAAAACCAGGCCCGUUGUAGUUGGGCCUAGCAAUGUACAGGGCAACGGAGAAAUGAAGACUUGAUGUUCUUCUGGGGAAACCAGUAGAGAGAAGACAAGAAGUGCAUGGCAAAAAAAAAAAAGGAGGGGAAAAAAAAAGAAGAGGAAAAUGAUGAAAAGCCAAAAAUGCAGGUUUUGAGCCUGGCUUCUAACUGGCUGCAUUUCCUAUCCAGUAUUUGUAGGUGUGCAUUGUACAGGGGCAGCUGUGUGCCCUGGUUGGUGUAGGUGGUGCCAUGUCCCCAAGCGUAGGGUGACGUGUUCGGAGGGAGCAGGGUGAAGUGGGAGCAGGGGGACCCCGCUUUGCUGGGUGCUGGGGAGGUGGGAGAGAGGGGAGGUGGGGGAUAAGGGAGGUGGGAGAGAUGGGGAGAUGGGAGAUAUGGGGAGAAGGGAGAUAUGGGGAGAAGGGAGAUAUGGGGAGAAGGGAGAGAUGGGGAGAUGGUGGUGGAUCUGGGGAGGCGUUCGCCUGGCAGAGCUGGAAGUGCCCUGAGCGUGGAUGGCAAGUGAAUGUCAACCAGCAGACAUCAGGACUCGGCGUUUCCUUAUUCACUUCUCUGCUGAUGAUGUCCACUCGAAAUCCCUGCCAGUGCUCAUUUUGGUGAAGUGGGAGAGGAGCAGAGGAGGCCCCGACCCCACGCUGCCAUCCCGAUCUCGGGUGCCUUAGGGAGCUGCCGGCGAGGCCAGGAGGCUUCCCCAUGCACACGUCCAGGGGCCGAGCAUCCUGGCCGUGUGGUGCAGCACAGCCUGAACUUCUCUUGAGUUGAUCUACGGGAGCAUUUUCUAAUCCACACACGGAGCACGAGGAAAGGAGCUGGAAAGAGGAGCUUCAGCGGCCCGUGUCUGCACGGACCGAUGUGGGCUGGGGAUACAGGCCCGGCAGCCAUGUCAGCACUGCCAGAGAAGAGCAGAGAGGCCGGGAGGUGUUAGCACGAAGCUGGACUGCAUCAGGAUCAUCGGUGUUGGACAGCAGGGCCCUGCCCUUGCUCUUGGCCUCCCCAGCCCCACGGGGAGCAGAGGUGUGAAGGUCGGCAUGGGCCUGGAGAGGCGCCGCCGGCAGCCCCGGCCAAGAGGCGUGUGGGGAGCCGGGGGGGGGGGAGCGAGGGCUUAAAUUGAGCAAAAGGAGUGAAAUUAGCCGUGGUGAGGACAAUUUGUCACAGGGCCUGUGGUGUCGUGACAGCCUCUGACGUGCGAGCUGCACGCGGUCGGUCGGUGUAAAUUAGGCCCCGCCGGUCGUUAGCGUUAAUGAGGGGGCUGGGGCUGGGGAGGUGCUGCUGCUCCUUCAGGCUUUGGGGAGAAGGCUGGAGGAAAAGCUUUGUUGGUGGUUGGGUUUUGUUUUUUUUUUGAAGACCAGAAGAGCCUCCUCACACCCUGCUCCGCGUCCCUUGGGGCCUGCUCUCUGAACAGCAGCAAAAGAAGGAAAAUAAAUAAAUAAAUAAAUAAAAGCAGAAAAGCCUGGAGGAGCUUCAGCCCGAGGCUUUGCCCUCCGUCGCUGGGAUUUCUCCCGUGGAAGAGCUUUCCUGUGAAACCUGUCCUUUUCAAUGUCUGUCUCUGCCGUUAGGGUCCGUUCAUCCAGCCACUCACCGCUUGGUAACUCGGUACGUCAGUCGCUCUGUUGGUGCGUGAAAAUCUUCAUGUUGACCAAAAAAAGUAUUUUUUUUCCCCGGAAUUACCUGCUGCCGCUGGCAUCCCUGCAGUCCCACGCUGGGAAGCCCAUGGUUUAGCCCAUGGUUUUGGGAAGGGAAGGUGCCACCGGCGAGGCGAUGCGGAGGGGUGAGGGCAGCAGUGCGUUUUGGGGGCAGAACACCCUCCUUUGGCCAAAUCUGUGUCAGGCCAAACCUGGGGCUGGUGUUAAGGACGUGGUGAUGCCCAGAGCCGCCGGCUCUGCUCCCCGUGGAGCUCCCAGCACCCGGUCCCCUCCUUCCUAGCCAAAUCAUUGCCAAACGGGAGGCUUUGGCUGCCCACAAAGCGGGCUGCGUGGUUUCCUCAUGAGGGAUUUGACCCCCUCCUGUAUGGAGAAGUCUCCUUCGUACGGAGGUGAAAUGAGAAUGGGGGAAAAAAGGCAAAGUAAGCGAUUUGCCUGGUUCCCCUCUUCCCCCGAAGGAGAUUAAUUAGUAUCUAUUCUUGGCAUGAUUGAUGGCUUUGAAGGAAAACUUGUCAGAAUAACUCAUGAUUUAUUUUCCUGCUUAUUUUUAUAACAUCCCUCACUUGGAAGUCUCUCAAAAUCUGAAAUACGAUUUUUAUUUCCCCGCUGGGUAUUUUAUGGCUUUACACAAAUUUUGCUCUUCUUGGUGUUAGCUGUUAGCCAGUCCCGGUGAUACUUGCAGUAUUUUUCAGGAGAAACGACUCUAAGGGUUGCAAAGUCCUGUUGAUGGCCAACGGGGCUGUGGUGUCCUGCAGAACGUGGAUUUAAUGCUAGCAAUUCAUUUUUUAAUGUAUUUAUUUGCAUUUGAAAAAGCGACGUUUUUAAUUUAAUCAUGUUUGUUAAACUAAGUGCUUAAAAAAAAAAAAAAAAAAGACAAAGGUUUUGGGGAUUUUGGGGAGAAUAAAGACUAGAUCUUCAUACUAGAGAAAACAAAAACUCAUCGUUUUCAGCAUUUCAGAGACUGUUAAAACAAGGGAGCUAAUAACUCUUUGUGGCAAUCCAGUCUUGUUUAUAGAACAUCCAAACCCACUGUAUGCUAUAAAAUGCAUCAUCUGAGUAAUAAAUGUUUAAAGCUUGA